ACACACAGAUCAAACAACUCUUCUCUCUUCUCUGUUGCAUCUCUAAAAAGCUCACUCUAUAAAACUCGUGUAUUAGAUUUUCAGGAGACUUUUUUUGGCAGCUGUUUACUUGCACACUUAAACAUACCUCUCUGUAUUCUCGAUUUCGUGUAUUCGGAGGGAAGCUGAAUUGAUUUAUCUGGUUAAUUGAACUCUUAAAGAGAGUAAAGAAGUAGUGAGUGUUACUUAAUCUCAAUUUCGCGGAUUUCAGUGACGCUAGCGUUGAAAUCGGAAUCCUACUUCGGGUUUCAUAGGAGUUGAUGAUAGAGUAUGAUUAAAAUAGAAGAGGAGUGUACUUAGAAUGUCCGGCGACAAACGGAAAAUGGUGCCGCAGGGGCCUCCAGCCCCACUUGGUGGAGGCCAGCCAGUUCCACCUUCUUUGUUAAGAGCAAAUUCCGGGCUUUUGGGCAGUCAGGGGGGUGGCAAUGGCAUGCCUUCUCAAAAUGCAUUUCCAUCUCUGGUGUCGCCCCGAAAUCAGUUUAAUAACAUGAACCCGAUUGGGAAUGUUCCCAAUGUGUCUAUGCUCCAUCAGUCAUUUGGAAAUGGGGCCCCGCGUUCUGGCCCUGGUAUCACCCAGAGAGGGCUUCUUGAUGGCGGGGCAGAGUCUGAUCCACUUUCUGGCAUCGGAAACGGGAUGGGAUACAAUCAGCCUUCCUCAUCUUAUAUGUCUUCACCCAUGGCAUUGAACCCAAAUUCAUCCGGUCAAGCUCAAGGCCAGCAGCAGUUCUCAAAUAAUUCAAGCGGCCAAAUGUUGAUGGACCAGCAACAAGCUCAGCAGAUUGAUGCUCAGAAUUUCCAACAUAAUCAGCAGCAGUUUUCUGCUCCGAGCAAUACCCAACAACAGCAGCAGCAACAGCAAUAUCAAGGAAUGCAUGCUGGAUUAGGAGGCGGUGGCCAUCUUAAGUUGGAACCUCAAGUAACUAAUGAGCAAGCACCACAGCAGUUGCAAACUAUGCGUAACCUUGGUCCUGUGAAAUUGGAACCUCAGCAACUACACAAUAUGAGAGGCUUGGGUCCUGUCAAGAUGGCACCCCAGCAGUCUGACUCGUCUCUGUUUAUGCAUCAGCAACACCAGCAGCAUCACCUCCUGUCAAGACAGUCCUCUCAGGCAGGUGCGGCUGCACAGAUUUUGCAACAACAGAGGCUUAUGCAAAUUCAGCAACAUCAACUAUUAAAAUCCAUGCCUCAACAAAGAUCCCAGCUGCAAUCUCAGUUUCAAAACCAGAAUUUGCCUAUUAGGCCCCCUGUAAAACCUGUGUAUGAGCCUGGAACGUGUGCCAGAAGGCUAACUCAUUAUAUGUACCAGCAGCAACAUAGACCUGAAGACAACAGUAUUGAGUUCUGGAGGAAAUUUGUAGCUGAAUAUUUUGUACCUAAUGCAAAGAAAAAAUGGUGUGUCUCAAUGUAUGGAAGUGGUCGUCAAACUAACGGAGUUUUCCCUCAGGAUAUUUGGCAUUGUGAAAUCUGCAAUCGCAGGCCUGGUCGUGGAUUCGAGGCAACUGCAGAGGUACUGCCCAGACUCUUCAAAAUAAAAUAUGAAAGCGGUACUUUAGAAGAACUCCUAUAUGUCGACAUGCCUCGGGAGUAUCAGAAUUCUUCUGGCCAAAUUGUUCUGGAUUAUGCAAAAGCGAUACAGGAGAGCGUCUUUGAGCAACUUCGCGUUGUUCGAGACGGUCAGCUUCGAAUUGUUUUCUCUCCUGACCUUAAGAUAUGCUCGUGGGAGUUUUGUGCUCGACGUCAUGAAGAGCUUAUUCCUAGAAGAUUGCUGAUUCCCCAGGUUAGUCAACUUGGUGCUGCUGCCCAAAAAUGCCAGGCUGCUACCUCAAAUACAUCCUCCAGCUCAUCUGUUUCUGAGCUACAAAAUAACUGCAAUACGUUUGUGGCUUCAGCUCGUCAGCUUGCUAAAGCAUUGGAAGUUCCACUAGUAAACGAUUUAGGAUAUACCAAGAGAUAUGUGCGGUGCCUGCAGAUAUCAGAAGUGGUGAAUAGCAUGAAAGAUCUUAUAGAUUAUAGCCGUGGAACUGGAACAGGUCCUAUGGAGAGCUUGACCAAAUUUCCUCAAAGAACAAAAGCUGGGUUUCAAGGUCAACCUCAGCGAAAUGAGGGUCAGCAGCAGGAGCAAAUGAUGGGCCAAAAUGCAAGCAAUCCUGGACAAGCUGCUGUUAUGCAACUUGCUGCUGCUAGUAAUGGCAUGCCAAGUGUGAGUAACACUACAAACACAGGGCCCACAACUUCUUCUACUGGCAACAUUGCCGUGCUGCUUCACCAGAAUUCGAUCAACUCCCGACAUCAAAACCCUGUUUCUAAUGCAAACAGUCCCCACGGAGGAGGUAUUAGUGUACAGAUGCAAUCCCCGGGCUCUUCAAUCACAAUGCGACAAUCUCAGUCUGCUCCUUCCCCUUUCCAAUCACCUGGACCAUCAUCUUCUAAUAACCCACAGCCAUCUCCAUAUGGUGGUGGUUUAUCAGGAGCUCCUGCAAACUCACCAAAUGUUUCGAUGCAACAACCUUCUCUAUCUGGUGACGCAGAUGCACAUGAUUCACAAAGCUCGGUACAGAAAAUUAUACAUGACAUGAUGAUGUCUUCACAGCUUGGAGGGGCUGGCAUGAUGGGUACAGGAGCAACGAGCGGUGACAUGAAAAAUGUUAAUGGAAUGUCGUCAGCAAACAACAGUGCUGCUAUGAACGGCAUCAACAGUUUGGCAGGUCAUGGAGUAGCCACUGGCAACCAUUCGAUGGGUGGUGUGGGAUUUGGGAGCCUCAGCAAUGGACAUGGCCAAUCCACCUUGGCAAAUGGGGUCCGAUCAGCGGUUGGCAAUAACACCAUGCCCGUGAAUGGCAGAUUAGGUUUGCCAAUGACACGGGAGCAGAGCUUGAGCCAACAACAAGAUUUAGGCAGCCAGUUGCAUAAUGGAAUGGGGACAGUCAAUGGGUUCCAUGAUCUUCAGUUUGACUGGAAAUCAUCUCCUUGAUUGCUUCGACAUUCAUAUGGUAUCGGCUGUUUGUGCAGCUUAAGAUCAUGUCCCUGGUGGUGUUGGGAAAGAUGCAUAUGGGAUUUGAUCUAACAACAUUCUAUCCACCCUAAAACUGUGUUGAGGGGAACACUACGAGCAACCUCAACUGACUUCGUAGCAGCUAUCCUCUCAGCCGCUUAUGCCGUGCUGUGGCUCAUCAACUGACUCUUGGCUGUGUGUGAGUGUAUAUAGUUUGGAUUUCCAUCUGAGCAAAGGUUAUUGUAGAAUUUCUCAUUACAGUUUUCACCAACCAAUUUUCAUUUUUCUAUACUCUUUAUUUUACUAGUUGCAGAAAAUGGCAUGUUGUAGGUUAUUUGAGUUGUAAGUUGUUAGGCAACACCCACCUCAAAAUUGAAAGUAAAAACAGUUUGUGGGCAAAGUUUUGGGGGGUUCUUACAGUUA